AUGACCAGACAAUCGAAGGUAUCCUUUUCCGAUCCUCUCGAACAUCAUCCAUCCUUCAGAAUCAUUCUCACAUCUGGGACAACGUGAUGGGAGGCUCUCGCUUCUAUUCAUCCGCUUUUUGCGACACGACCGGCGGCUCAACCGUCAGCAUUUUGGAGUACUCGCGAGAGGAGACCACCGUGGCCACCGAGGAGAACCGUAAUCGGAAUCGAGAGCCGAAGCAGCCACGUCACUACCCGACGUACCCGCCGAAAGUGGUGUUCGUCGGAAAAUCGAAAAAGAACGAAAAGGUGAAUAAGGACGGUUAUGGAUACGUAACGAACCGGGAGAGAGAAUUGGCCGAGCAGCCGACCUCCCUGCCCCCCUGGAAGUUCGAGCCGGAGAAGAAGCAGAAGGUUCGUCCUGAAAAAUAAAGCUAUUGACAACAGAACACAUCAGCUUCAGUACGAGCCACACGCCGCCGCACAGGCUUUCGAUGAGUACACCCGCCGUGUGAACGCCAGAAAGUUGAAGUUGGAGAAGGAAAGAAUGAGAGUGAACGGGAUCUUUGAGAUCGAGAGACUGACCAAGAAACGAAUCACUGACUGCUCGAAAUCCUACCAGCAGCUGAAUCUGACCAAUUGUCGGAACGAUGAGAUCAAGAUCGACGCGUUUGUAGAGAAAGUUUCGGAAACGUCGAAGCUCGAUCUCGGAAAGAUUCAGAAGACGCAGAAGGCGAAGCCCGCAUUCUACGGAACGAUUGAAGCGGAAAAGUGCGCGGAGAAAGCGGCGGUGCACAUUUCGAUGGCCGCCGACAACCUGGAACGUCUUCAAUUCGUCGCCGGCGUCGUCUUCCCGGAAGGUUCUGAGCAUCUGAAGAAGUUGCAAGGGAUCGAGAACGACAUCAAGGAGUUCAACGUGCAGCUGGGUGCGCAUCGCGUGAAAGUGCCGAAAUCGACGGCGCCCGCCCAAGCCGCUCACUUUGUGAUCACUGAAAGUUGCUUUGACUAG